AUGGCAGCCUACUUGCUUCUCCUUCAGAGCAAGCAAGUAAGGAGAUCCAGAGAGAGAGUGAGCAAGAUGGAAGCCACAGUCUUAGAAAAUCCUGAGCGAGCUGCCCUGUAUUUUGUCUCUGGCGUAUGCAUCGGACUGGUCCUCACCUUGGUUGCCUUGGUAAUGAGAAUAUCUUGCCAUACAGACUGCCAGCGGCGCUCCCCCCAAGGAAAGUUCCCACAGGACCGAGAAAGUAGCAGUGAAAGCAGCGACAGUGAGGACGGCAGCUCCGACACCGCAUCUGACCUCUCGGUCCGGAGACAUCGCCGCUUUGAGAGGACUUUGAACAAAAAUGUCUUCACCUCGGCUGAGGAGCUGGAGCGGGCCCAGCGACUGGAGGAGCGGGAACGCAUCAUCAGGGAGAUCUGGAUGAAUGGCCAGCCUGAGGUGCCUGGGACCAGAAGCCUGAACUGCUACUACUAG